GCUGAUUACCAACAAUGCAUUUGACAUGACAGCGACGGCGACUCCGUGAGAAUCUCUAUAUACAGAGGAUUUGAUUAUAAGAAAUCUAGUUUAUUUACAAUAGAAGAUGUUGAAUCAUGGCAACGACAGUGCAUAAUUUUAAGGUCGUCCUAUUGGGAAAGGGUUGCGUCGGAAAGACGAGCAUCGUCUUGAGGUACGCCGAGGAUAAAUUCAACAAUGAUCAUCUCAGCACUAUACAGGCAUCCUUUUUGAACAAGAAAUUGAACAUCGAUGGAAAACGAGUCAAUUUGGCCAUAUGGGACACUGCAGGGCAGGAGCAAUUCCAUGCGCUGGGUCCACUAUACUACAGAUCUUCGAACGGGGCUAUAAUAGUAUACGAUAUUACGGACGAGGAUUCCUUAGUCAAGGUGAAGAGUUGGGUGAAGGAGCUCAGGAAAAUGCUGGGCAGCGAUGUCUCCCUGGUCAUCGUUGGGAAUAAGACUGAUUUAGAAAAGGAUAGGCACGUUAAUUUAGAGGAAGCCGAAACAUACGCGAGCAAAGUGGGUGCACUGCACUGGCAGACUUCUGCCAAACGUAACGAGGGUAUCGAGGAGAUGUUCUUGACUUUAAUUGAUAAGAUGUUGCAAAGGGAACGCGAGAUAGAGGAUCUGCAGGUGACCAGACAAGGUUCCAAUCACAGGAAGAAUGUGGUAGUUGUUGACGACGAGCAAGUAGAGAAUCAAACGAAGAGUUGCUGCGGCUCAAACACAUAGAUUAAUAUGCUUUAAUUAAUUAAUUAAUUAUCGAAUCAUUCCUCGUAUUUUUUUGUUUUUUGAUUUCACAUAUAUAUUUUUGCUAUAUACUAAUUAAUGAGUAACGAAUGCGGGAAUGUUGUUGUUUAUCCGUCGUAAAAACAAAAUUGAAGUGUGAUAUAACUGCGAGUUGUUGGAGAGAAAAGUGAAGAUGUGUUAAAUAUAUAUAUAUAUGUGCCGAUGUUUUGUUUCUUCUGUCUGUCGUUGUAUAUAAA